AUGAUCACUAAUACUGCGGAACCUCGGGCUACGAACGCCUCCCAUCAAGCACAAAUCGGUUCACAAAUAAGUUUUCUGAACAAUAAACGUCUCGAGUUUCGAACGAUGUCUCAAAUGACGAACGGUGCCGAAAGAGAAGAAACCCCAAUUAGACAGUUUCCUGAUAUUUUUAAAGAAGAAAUCGGAAUCAACAUUUUACUCACUUUGUAUGUCUUUCUACAUCUCUACAUACAUUUAUCCCUUUAUCACGUUCUUUCUCCAUUCCUUUAUCUCUCUCUAUCUCUACCACUCUCAUUAUGUGCUUAUUCUGAUUCUCUCUGUAAAUUCUACACCUCUCUCUCUAUCUCUCUCUUUUCUUCCUCCCUCUCUCACCUUCUCUUUUCAUGCAUACAUAAGCCUGUAUUGUACCAUGGGGAUUCCGAUCCACCCACAAAUGUUAUCUAUCUAUCUAUCUAUCUAUCUAUCUAUCUAUCUAUCUAUCUAUCUAUCUAUCUUAAUCUGUUCAUAAUCCGUCUCAAUGUUUUUACUAUCUAUCUAUCUAUCUAUCUAUCUUAA